GGCGGCGGAAGCGGCGGCGGGGACGGGCCGGGCCGGGUUGGGACGGGCGGAGCGUCCUGAGGCUCCCGAGGCUCCCACCGCCCCUGCACCAGGUCCCGCCGCCCGCAGACCGGGCCCCCGCCGCCACCGGCCCAGGCACCGGCACCGGCACCAUGUCGGUGGCGGGGCUGAAGAAGCAGUUCUACAAAGCGAGCCAGCUGGUCAGCGAGAAGGUCGGAGGGGCCGAAGGGACCAAGUUAGAUGAUGACUUCAAGGAGAUGGAAAAGAAAGUGGACCUGACCAGCAAGGCCGUCACAGAAGUACUGACCAGAACCAUAGAGUACCUCCAGCCCAACCCAGCUUCCAGAGCCAAGCUCACCAUGCUCAACACGAUGUCCAAGAUCCGCGGGCAGGUGAAGAACCCCGGCUACCCGCAGUCCGAGGGGCUGCUGGGGGAGUGCAUGAUCCGCUACGGGAAGGAGCUGGGAGAGGAUUCCAACUUCGGGGACGCGCUCCUCGACGCCGGUGAGUCCAUGAAGCGCUUGGCCGAGGUGAAGGACUCGCUGGACAUUGAAGUCAAACAAAACUUCAUUGAUCCCCUGCAGAACCUGUGUGACAAAGACCUGAAGGAGAUCCAGCACCAUCUCAAGAAGCUGGAAGGGAGACGCCUGGACUUUGACUACAAGAAGAAGCGACAGGGCAAGAUCCCCGAUGAGGAGCUCCGGCAGGCCAUGGAGAAGUUUGAGGAAUCCAAGGAAGUGGCAGAGACCAGCAUGCACAACCUGCUGGAGACGGAUAUCGAGCAGGUGAGCCAGCUGUCCGCCCUGGUGGAUGCCCAGCUGGAUUACCACAGGCAGGCCGUGCAGAUCCUGGACGAGCUCGCCGAGAAGCUCAAGCGCAGGAUGAGGGAGGCCUCCUCACGUCCCAAGCGGGAGUACAAACCCAAGCCCAGGGAGACGUACGACUUCGGGGACACCGACCAGUCCAACGGGGGCUUCUCCUGCAACCCCACCCCCAAAGUCUCAGAUCCCUCCGGGCCCUGCCUGUCCCUGUCUCCCGUUCCCGUUGGUUUAAGCAUGUCUCUCUUUUGUUUGGAAGCAGCUUCCGCCUCUUUCCGGUCGGACAAGCCGUCCCGGGCCUCCGUCAGGAGUAUCCCCCCCCUGGACCAGCCCUGCUGCAAAGCCCUCUACGACUUCGAGCCCGAGAACGACGGCGAGCUGGGCUUCAAGGAGGGCGACAUCAUCACCCUGACGAACCAGAUCGACGAGAACUGGUACGAGGGGAUGAUCCACGGCCAGUCCGGCUUCUUCCCGCUCAACUACGUGGAAGUGCUGGUCCCGCUACCUCAGUGAAAGGCGCCGCUCCCGCCCCGAGUGUCCCGAGCUCCAUUCCAGCUCCAGCCCCGCCCUCCCCGCCUCACCUCGGGGCCAGGCGCCACCAGGGAACAAACCAGAAGGGUCCCACGGCCCCUUCCCCCUGUGAAUUUGGUUAUUUUCUUUUUUUUUUUUUUCUUUUUUUGUCCUUCUGGUGCUUGAACUUCGGUACUUCGCGCGCCCCCGCCCCGUCCCUUCCUCUUCCCGUGUUUCCUUUGGGUCCAGCACCCGGAUGAGCCAGGUGGGAGAGCCGGGAUUGUCCUGGGACACACGGCCCCGGGGCAGGGCAGCCCCCACCUCCCGCCCCAGCGAUCGCCACCCGUGUCCCACGGAUCCCCCGCGGGAUCCCGGCGGGAUCGGGGAGGGAGCUGAGGCACAACAACACUAAAGCACCCCUGAACACUAAGGCAGCCCUGCAGGGCAGGUGCUGAGCCCUGCCCGGGGCUCGGAGCCAUCCCUGCCCAUCCUGGAGGGACAGUGGGGAUGUCCCCUGCCCGCCGUUGGCCCCCUCCCCACAGACCCCAAGGCUGCUCCUUCUGCCCAUGGUUUUUUCCUGGACCUCAGGCUUUUCCUGCUACGAACUCUCCCAAGUCGGUCACACCUGCAGGAUCAUCUGGAGGGGGAGGAACUGGGCCACAGCCCGGGGUGUCCCUGUGGUGGGGCAGAGGCUGUGGCUCCUCUUCCCAGGGCUCUGCACGUUCCCCCUUCCCGGGGAUCCCUCGGGGAUCACGGCUGGAGCUCCCCUGGUCCUCUCGUGCCUCCCCUGCGCCCCCGCCCUGCCCACGGCCACCCUCUCUGGGGGCAGUGCACCCCUCUGCCCCGGGUCGGUGGGAAGAGGGAUGGUUCAUCUCGGUGUCACUUCUGCCACCCCUUAUCCCUCAGCUGUCCCUUCCUGGCCAGGGGGUUGGGAUGGGGCCGCAGAGCAGCGCUCGCCCCAGCUCUCGCUCGGCCCCGUGGAUUUCCUUGCUAGAAAAGUGGGUUCUUCCCCUCCUCGGCCUCGGACAGGCCCCAGCUCCGUGCAGGGCUGUGCUGCAGCGUCCCUGUCCCUGCUGCUCCCGGCUCCUGAUCCCGUUCCUCUGUAAGGAUUUGGUCCGUGCAUGUCCCCGUCUGUCUGACCCCCGAGCUGUGACCCUGGCCCCAGGGGGGCCCAGGGCAGCCCCCCCGCUCCCAGCAGGGCAGGGAGCCCAAGGGACCGGAGUCACGUCCCGGGGGCACCGGCUCCCGCUCAGGUGGAUUGAAACGCGUUCUGUCAGCUGGGACAACUCGCUAGAUCUUUUUUUUUUUUUUUUUUUUUUUUUUUUUUUUGUAAUGGUUUCUCCUGGUUUUUAGGGGAAAAAAAUGAUGACCCACAAUUCUUGACUUGUAUCUCUGAAUGAAAGUAUUAAAUGUUUUCUUCUUUCUAA